UACACAGGUCAAAAGAAGAAGAAGAAGAGUGAGGAGCCACAGCAGCGCCACAACAAAACAAAGAUCAGCUGACGCGGCGCGACGCAGUAAAUAGACUGGGGCUGAUUUAUGGUGCUCCAUCGCCUCCAGCAUGAUGAAAACGGUCGUGUAGGAGAGUUGAACAAUGUCUGGAGAAAGUGGACGUCACUCACGGCCAGCAGUAGGCCAGCAGGUUCGUCCAGAGCCUGUAGUUGAGAAGACGUUCGUGGAGAAUGUUGCAGGAUUCAUCAAUGAAGUUACUCCACAGACAUACAGCAAUCCCUCACACUAUGAAGGAAAGGAAACUAUACUGUGGGUUCGUUUUGACUACUGUGAUAUAAAUGACUUGGCUCGAUUCAGAGAUAAAAUCGAGGUAAAUGGUAACUCUCCUCCACUCCUUCUGAUAGUUGGAUAUUCCUGUGGUGUUCAGGCAUGGGUGAUACCUGUCAACGGGGAGGCAGUGGAGGUGUUGUCAUGGCGGCAGGGGGCUGUUCGUGUCCUAAAGGUGCUGCCAACACCCCUGACGUCUGCUAGCAGGGUUGACCACUACUCCCUCAAGCGACCCAUAAUUGCCCUCUGUGACACAGCCGGACCAGGACCUCAUUUCUGCUCAGUUUCCUUCAUCUCUUUAAAGACAGGAGAACAGGUAAAAAUAAUAAAAUUCAAGCAUCCAGUUCAUGACAUACAAGCCAACAAGAAUAUUGUUGUAAUAACCUUUCUGGAAAAGCUGGCAGUGUUUGAUGCAUCAACGUUGGAUGACACCUUUACUGUCACUACCUGUUACCCUAGUCCAGGACCAAGUGUCAAUCCUAUAGCAUUGGGUGACCGCUGGUUGGCAUACGCUGAUCGUCGGCUCAUUCCCUUGCACCAGUCCUUCGGUGGGAUGGUUUCUGAGGGAACCACGUCUUACAAAGCCACAGUAAUACAUGCUGCUAAAUCUCUCACAAAGGGUCUGAAGGAACUGAGUGAGAGUGUUGCCUCCAACCUGAUGGGCCAGCGGGGAGGCUCACCAGCACAACAGGCAACUUCCAGCAGCCUCCCAACACCAGGCAUUGUCACUGUCAUUGACACGCAGAUGGUUGGAUGUGGAGAGCUGAGCCUGACAACCAGCAACAUUAGUGGCAUCAUAGCUCACUUUGCUGCCCAUCAUGCUGCUCCUGUUGUGGCUCUCAGCUUUGACCCUACAGGCAUGCUUCUUCUUACAGCAGACAAGCAAGGCCACAGCUUCCAUUUGUUUCGCUUGCAACCUCAUCCUCUGUCUUCUGCACAAUCUGCAGUUCAUCACCUGUACACACUUCACCGAGGUGACACAACUGCUAAGGUAACGGACAUAUCUUUCUCCUUGGACUCACGCUGGGUGGCCGUCUCAACGCACCGAGGGACAACACAUGUUUUCCCAAUAACACCUUAUGGAGGUGUUAUUGGAGUCCGUACACACACAUCAAGUUGUGUAGUUAAUCGGUUAAGUCGCUUUCAUCGCAGUGCUGGGCUAGAUGACACACCCUCUUCAGGCCGAAAUUCCCCUGUGCUGUCUGCAUCUCCAAGUUCCUCAAAAUUUGCAUUUGAAGUGAGCCCAAACAUGGCCUAUCCCAAUCCGCGGUACCCACCAUACCCAACACCAACAGUUGUCAAACCCCUGGUCCAACUGAGACAGCCUUUGCUGCAGAAUUUGAUUGGCACCAUGAGCACAGGGCCGUCCCCCAGCAGAAGUCCACCAACUACUAAAUCCCCAAGGUCCCCAAGUGGGGAUGACAUCAUCAAGGUGGCAUCUGUGUUUGGAAGUCCCCGGGGCUGGCUGGCUGGCUCCCCCACAGUGCCCAGGGAGAAGCAGCGUCGCACGAUGGACUCUUUGUUUGUGAUGGCUUGUCAUGGGAACCUUUUAGAAUAUCAACUGGAACCUCAGCCUGCAUCAGGAAUACCACAAGACAAAGUCACUGAAGACUCUCCCAUUGAACUUUAUGUUCAUGCAAGUGCUCAGUGGGCAUUGGGACGAGAGUCAACUAGCGGAGAGUUGCGUCCACCUCUAGAUCUGACGUCUCCAUUAUUGGCGCCUCUGUCUCCUACUCGACCUCGUUCCCUCUCACCCACCCACUCCCUAGACCACGAUGACCCUGAGGAACGGUGGAUGGCACAGGUGGAAAUUCACACCCAUGCUGGCCCCCACCGCCGCCUGUGGAUGGGGCCACAGUUCACUUUCAAGUCAAUCCCUGGGACAGGAGCCGGGUUUGGGGGAGUUGGGGUUCAAGGAGGCUAUGAGGGCACCCCUGUUCCAGUUUGCCCUUCAGGUCUUCCUCCUCGCUCCUCUCCUGUAAACAUGCCUGGAACAGGAGGAGCCAAUGUUCCUGUUCUCAUUGAAGCUGGAUCACUAACCGGCAGCCAUGACCAGUCUCCACGCCUGAUGGAACGAUACAGCGGAGACUCUGACAGUUUUGAUCCUGAGACAAUUAUGACUCAGCUGCGACAUGACUUGGCUGAUGCCAUGAUGGACACCCACCACUCCAACCGUGGUCGGGAUACUGGGUGCAAGAACACUGCUCGAUUGUACCAUCGACUGUGCUCCCUUCAGAGUCUUGGUCCACAACUGUUAGGUACCAUUAUGCUUGGUGGAGCUUCCAUGGCCUCGUAUGAAGCAGCCAGCCAUGAGUCUACCUUGGAUAUGACUGAUGUGAUGGACAUAAGCUGUGAUCCCCCAGGGCCCUCCCCGGGGAGAUCUGCCUCCUCGACAGCCUCCUCCCGCCCAGCCUCACAUGUUGGGGAAGAGAUUCAGGCUGUUUCAGCACGCCUUUAUCAGGUGCCUGUGACACCCUCCAGUUCAGCCAGAGCUUCCCCUCACAUUCAGAGAAGUCCAAGUUUGGAGGACAAUAGAGCUCUUACAUCCUCUGCUGAGGAAUUGUCCACCACCCUUGGCUCUUGCAUAAGGGCAGCAGAAAUACCAGAUUCAGUCUGGGUUCCCAUUGAAAAACCUGAAAUGAAAUAUAGUAAAUACAAUUCAGAUUUUGUUGAGAUCGAUGUGCCGGCUCCAGUACCUGCUAGAAGUUACAGAGGAGGGGAGUCACCUAGAGAUAAAAAGUUACAUGCUGUAGAUCAUGGAACUUGCAGUGCUUCUCAGCAGAGAGUAUCAUGCCAGGAGGAAGUACCUCCAUUAAAAGGACCAAGAGUGCCAGAUAGUGACAAUCAUAAAUCUACAGAAUGUUCUGAAGGUAAAGACUUGGUAGAUCAGAGUUGUAAUGUUAAGCCAUCUGUAACAUCAUCAUCAAGAGAAUAUUGUGUAGAUUCUUCAAGGUCUGCACCUUUCAAUGAACAGAAAAGCAGCUCAUUUGUAUUAGAAAAAGAAAAUGAAUAUAAGAAAGAAAAGGAUCAAACUGUAAAUGAAGAAAAAUCAUCCUAUGUAUGGAGGAGGUACACUGCAGAAAGCAAUUUACCAGAGACAUCUCAGAGUAUGUCUCAAGAGGAAUCCUAUCCACCUUUAGAGAAACCAUCUUUAGGUAAAGAUUUCACAGAAAUCACCCCCACAUCCAGAACUAGAGCUUUGAAAGGAUCACCCUCAACAACCACUUCUGAGGAUGAUCUUUGGUUGGCAACAGAAAAGAAAGAUCAAAAGAAGAAGAAAAAGAAAAGAAGCAAAAUUUUAUCACAGGAGGAAGAGAGCCAUUCAAUUCAAGUUAUGAAAUGUAGUACUCAAGAAACCCAGAAGUCAAAAGAAAAGAAUGAGACUGGCCUUAUAGACCAAGACACUAAAUCGAUGAGUAACAAAGGCUCAAACAUUGUUGAUGCUCCUCUGGAUAUUGACAUUGAUACAGACUACUUUCAUGCAGCUCAGGAGUAUCAUGAGGCAUCAAGUAAUACAAAGAAAUCUGAACUACUUGUGAAAGAGCAUAUAGAACACCAAUUAGAUGAAUUCCAGGAAGCUCGUGAAUCAGUUGUACAAAAUUUAGAAGAUUUUGAGCUGCAUGGAGAUGAUGAAGACAAGGAGAUGCCUGUUAAGCAUGCAGAUGAUGUCAUGCUUAAGUCUCUGCAUGAUGAAAAUGACUUAGCUAGAGCCUUAGAAGAAGCCUAUUCCUCAGAUGACAACGUCCCAACUCAAAGAACUCAGAUACGAACACGUUCUAGAUCCCGACCUGCCCGAACCUCAGAAAUGUUCCCUUUCAAAGAUGAGACUUCUGAUGAGGAAGAAGAAAAUCGACUGAGACGCCGCCUCGUGGUAUCUGCCACCAUUACUGUGUCAGGCAGUCGAUCAGCAAAUGAAGAGACCAGCACCGAUGACCGAGGAGAGACGAGUGGAGAUGAUCGUGCAGAGUCAAGCACUGAGGAUAGGCGGACAGGGACUAGUGAAAGUGAUGUGGCAGCUAGCCCUAAUCCACGUGCAAACUCAUCCUCUAAAAAUAAAAAGAAAAAGAAGAAGAAACGAUAACAGUGAAUAUAUUAUAUAUAUAUAUAUAUAUAUAUAUAUAUAUAUAUAUAUAUAUAUAUAUAUAUAUAUAUAUAUAUAUAUAUAUAUAUAUAUAUAUAUAUAUAUAUAUCACUUGAAAUACAAUAUCUUAUUGACAGUUACAGUAUGUGCAUAGAAACAGUGUUAUCAUGAAUAAAUAUUUUCAAAAAUAUAAGCAAUACCCAACGAUUUACAGUAACAACAUUGAAUGUAAAGCUGUCAUGUAAAUUUUUAAGUAACAUGUUGCAGGGGAGUUGCAUGCAUUAGCAAGAUUUAACUUUUAAAUAAUAUUUAUAGUCUGGAUGAUUAGGCUAGUGAUAUUAAUACCCAUAUGAAAUUGAAAUAAAUUUAAAAUAGUCACAAAAAAAAUAUGUAUUCUUUUUUUGUGUGUUAAACUGAAUGAAAGCAUUGCUGCUUGGGUGAGAUAUUGCCAAACUCAAAACAGUUUAGAAAAUAUUGUUUAAUAGUAGCAACUCAAUUAUCCAGCAUAAAUUAUUUUUAGCCCAAACUUUUUUGCAACUUAAUUAAUAUGAAAUAAUAGACUUACUACCCUAAAGUAAUACAUUAUUUCAAAAUGCUAGGCUAACAUUUUACCUUGUGUCUAAGAUCCAUAUGACAACUGUAUUGACUGCUGUGAGCAAACCAAGUUAAACAGCAUGCUCAACUUUCUGUUUGUGAGAUGCCCUCAGAGCUUUCCUUGAGGCAUCUUAGUUAAAGAAAGAAAAAAAACUUAAACCCAUAAACACUUUAUUCAUAAGGCAGUUUUAGCUUCAAUAUUAUUCAUUGUCUUGGCAAAUGCCAUAAAACUCAGUUACUGUUGAAUGCAGACAGCUAUUCUCCAUCUUUUUUUUAUUACUAUAGGGCUCUUGCUUCGUGAAUCAAAUUCUUUGUGAUGCUGGGCAAGCAAUUGUGUUACACGCACAAUUAGAAAGGUAGAAAUAAUUUGCAAACAAUAUAGUAAGAAAUUUCCCGUAAUGUCAGCACCACCCACACCAAGAAUGUUGUGUUGCAGGGUUCCCAUGUUUCAUGUGUGCCUUGGAUUUGUCUUGAUUUUUUUUUUUCUCUCUCUCUCUCUCUCUCUCUCUCUCUCUCUCUCUCUCUCUCUCUCUCUCUCUCUCUCUCUCUCUCUCUCUCUCUCUCUCUCUUUUUUUUUUUUUAAGAAUGGUGCUGUGCUUACAAAAAAAAUAUAAGAACAAAAGAAUGCUACAGAGAAUUGUGAAAUAUUUUGUAAUUUGAUGCUGGCCAUUGUUAAGAUUAUGCUAAAAAUACUGAUGAGAUUGUCCUGAACUUUAUUUUAUUUAUUUAUUUAUUUAUUUAUUCACUUACACAAUGCUGCAAUGGUGAGCAAGCUAUCUAUCUAUAUUUCUAUCUCCUCUGAUUCCUGUCUCAUGGAAUUCACUCUGGAGGGUGGCUGUUGCCAAAACAUCUCCAUUUGCUCCUAUCCAAACACUCCAUCCUUAUAUACUCCAAUCCUCUCAUUUUUCAUCCCCUUUUUGUCAAGAAUUCUACCAUCCUUUCCUCUUAUUUUACUUGGGGUCGUCUCUUGCACUGACAGCAUCAACCUUACUCAUGUCUACUUUCUUUGUCAGCACAUUCCUUCUCAGUCUCUUCAUGUGGCCUGAGGGUUCUGCACUUAACUAGUUCCUCUACUCCACAAUUUAUUUGCUCUCCAUCACUAGACAAGCCAAAUCUUCCAUAAACACUUCCAUUGUUCUCAUCAUACAGUAAUCCUGAAAUCACCCCAAAAUAUGCCAACACUUGUCAUCGUCAUUGAUGGUGAGAGGCAUUGCAGCCCAGAAUUCAAAUGUUUCACAUAGAGCUUGGUUAUAUUUUAUUUUCAUAUUUUAACAUUUGCCAGUUUUUAUUAAUACCUGUAAAGUGUAGAGGAGAGGUCAGAGAGGAAAUGGCUAAUCGAGUUGCUACUGUAUUAUAAUCAAUUGGCACUCACAUACAUGAGCAUGUAGUGAGUAGAAUAUGAAUUGGUUAUUUUAACUUUAAAUAUCAUUUAUCACGUCCAGAAAUGGACUGAUAUGAUCUGUGCUGAGUUUGUGUCACCGAGUCUCAAAAAGAAAGCUUUGCUAAUAAUGGUCAGCUAAUUAACAAUCAUAUAACCUUUUAGAUAAUUAUUUUAUUUUUUUAAUGAAAAGGCAUGUGUAUUGGUACACCAUUAUUAUAUAUUUUUUUUUUUAAUGAAAAACAACUUUUUUAAACAGUGGCCUUUCUUUUAUGAAAAGUUAGCUGUGUAUUGUAUUUUCCAUGCAUUUUUUUAUCGUAAUUAACACUUCUUUUUACUAAUACUAUAAAGUUUCAGUGCAGUCAGUUGUUGCACUAGUAAACUUGGUUUAUUUAUUUUUUGGUGUGGUUUGAAUUAAGUAGUGAUAUGACAAGGACAUAGCAAUACUGGGUCAGUAGUAACAGCAGCAUUUUAUCAUCCUCAAAUUUCAAAUAUUAUCAAACCUGAGCAUUGGUUUCUUAAUUUCCAUUCAAAUGAGAAGUAUAGUGGUUAUUAAAAUAACUAACGAUGAGGUACAUAAUUUGCCAUACCAGGAAAUGUAUUCACCCAUUUUAAAGAAUUCUAAUUAGUAUAAUAUAAACCUUAAGGUUGUUAAAGUAUUGGUUGAUGAUGAUAUUUUAGAUAAUUCGAGACUUACAGGAAGUAAUGUCACCAAACAAAUAAAUGAAUGGUCUUCAAGCAGCAUAUAAAUCAAUAUAGUGAUUGAACCCAACAUUUGCUAAAUCUGUGCCAUUAGGCAAAUACCGAGUGACGGUUUUGAAGGUCAGCGUACUUGAAAAAUUAUCCUUAGUUAUUAAUUAUGAAAUUGUUAGUUUAAUCUUUUUUUUAUAGAAAAUAGAGGCAUAUGACUGCUGCUACUGCAUGAAGUUAAUAUUAUGACAAAAGUUCCAAGGUAAUUUGUUCUAAUUUAUAUUAUGCCUUGAUGUUCCACUUCAGAGCAUCUGAACCAGAGGGCAGUAGAUUCCUGAAUAAGGAAACACUGUCUAAAAACUAUUUUGAAUAAAUAUUUCUUUCAAAUUUGUAUAUCAAUGUCACAAUAUAUAUAUAUAUAUAUAUAUAUAUAUAUAUAUAUAUAUAUAUAUAUAUAUAUAUAUAUAUAUAUAUAUAUAUAUAUAUAUAUAUAUAUAUAUAUAUAUAUAUAUAUAAUACACACACACGACAAUUUCUCUAAAACGCCUAUGUCAAAUCCAUUGUAUAAAUCAGUCUUACAUGACACCCAUUACUAAAUAAUCACAAAUCAGUACAUUUCACUGCUCUGCAGGUCAAAAAGUGCUCAGCCUCAACUACAGCUAUUUGAGUGAGACCUCCAAAUAUCCUGAAAUCAAGUUACUCAAACUAUAUUUUAUAUAUAUAUAUAUAUAUAUAUAUAUAUAUAUAUAUAUAUAUAUAUAUAUAUAUAUAUAUAUAUAUACAUAUAUAUAUAUAUAUAUAGGAUACUUGCAUAACUCAAUUAUAUUUACAAAUGUAUUACAUGGGCUUUCAAAUCUAUUGUUGUGAUAGUAGAAGCUUUAGUUAUCUACAUAUCUAAAGCUUAGGUACUCAUUUACUUCUCUAUAUAGUUCAUCAAAUACUGAACCAUUUCACAACUGGAAUUGUACAAAAACUACUUUCCUAUUACAUAAACCUCACAUGGGAUGUUAUGAUCUUUAUGCUUUGAUCUUUGUGAGUACUCUAAUGUUAUAAAGUAUCAGAGCUCUACCUUUGAAAGUAGUAGAUGAGGAGGUUCAUUAUGUUCUUCCUCUGAAAGGUCUGAAUAUUGAACUAGCUCUUUAAUGCAGAUAACUGAAUGAAAGUGCAGAAAAAUGCAAUGCCUAAAUUGAUGUUAAAUGAUUUCCAGAAAGGAGCUGCCUAUUGAAGGCAUACAUAUAAUAAUCACAAUAACUUCAGUUGUAUUUAUUUCAUGUGAUAGCAUUUGUUCACCAAGAAAAGAGUUAUUAUGGAGGGAGUUGUGAUUGCUUUCCAGCACAAUUAGGUAAUGAUGACAAUGGAACGAGCAUGUUUGUCAUGAUGUAAUGAGCCUGGCCUGCAGGUUCAGAUUAAAAACAAUAAAUGGAGCACUACAAGUAUGCAGGCUUCAUUUUUUCUCUUCCCAAAUCUUCACCUGUGAGCAAUCUUUUUAAAGAAGACAAUGGACAUUAAACUCAAUGAAAAUUACAGUUAUGUACCUUUUUUUCAAGGAAAACAGUAAAGGUAUGCUGUGUAGGAAUCACAAACUGCACCGCAUCUUGCAUUAGUAUUGUGCUUGCCAUUCAUUGAUUUGACUGGUUUCCAUAUUCAAGUAUUGAUUGUAAUAAAAUUCAUUUAUGCAAAUGCUGGAUUGAUAAAUUCUCAAAUGGAAAAUAAAUGUCCAAGAUAUU